AAUUUUCGAUAAUUUCAUUGGUCAAAACUUGCUGUCCCCACUCACUUCAAAGCUAAGACAUUCCGAUCUAAAGAACCGACUCGGCGGCAGAACAGAGUGACUCGUAUGAGGAAAAUGCGGUGGACGCGGCCACGACGGUGGCUUCACGGUGAAGUUUGAGCCCAACGGUUGAGGGAGAAGAGAAUCUGAAGACACCCAAAAGGGGAAAAAGGAAAGAAAGAGAAAAAAUUAAAAGAAGAAAGAGAAGAAAGAAAGGGUAUUAACAAUGGAACCCAACCCCAACCACCAUGGCUCACUCAGUAGGUCACUGACUUUAAUUAACUCACUUUACUUCUCUCUCUUAAUACCCAUUGCGUCUUCUUCUUCAAGGAAUGCCGUUAAAGCUCUAUUUGGUUUCUUUGCAAUGCUCGUGCUCAAUGCUGCUCAUGAUUUCUUAGGGAAGAAACUUUUUUGAGAUUUUGCCAAGAUUUCUUGCUACCACAAUUGGCCUCCACUAGAAAUUCUCCAUGAGGCUACAAUCCUUUCUUGCAGCAUCGUCUUUACUCUUACUCAUUUAUUUUCUCUCCUUCAUUGCGGCUGAUCUAAACUCAGACCAGGAAGCUCUUUUGGAUUUUAUUUCAUCGGUUCCCCAUGGUCGAAAAAUUAACUGGGAUCCUUCUACCCCGGUCUGCACUACUUGGGUUGGCGUCACUUGCACUUCAGACCUCUCAAACGUGCUUGCUCUCAGGUUGCCUGCAAUUGGACUGUAUGGUCCAAUCCCGGCCAAUACUCUUGGAAAGUUAGAUGCCCUUAGAACUUUGAGUCUUCGAUCUAAUAAUCUUAAUGGAAAUCUUCCAUCAGAUGUGCUAUCCCUUCCCUCCCUAAAGUUUUUGUAUCUUCAACGCAAUAACUUUUCUGGUAAGGUACCUUCUUCCCUCUCUCCUAGCCUUACCUUCCUUGAUCUAUCCUUCAACUCUCUCACUGGAAACAUUCCAAAAUCGGUACAAAAUUUAACACACCUCACUGGGCUGAACGUUCAAAACAACUCCCUGAAUGGAUCCAUCCCUGAUAUUGGUCACCUAAGGCUUAAGCAAUUGAACUUGAGCUACAACAAGCUUAGCGGUCCCAUUCCUGCUUCACUGCAGUCAUUUCCUACUUCUUCCUUUGAAGGGAACUCACUGCUAUGUGGCUCACCUUUGAAAAAUUGCUCAGUUGGUGCCCCCUUACCUUCUCCACCGCCCGCUUCGUUGCCCCCGCCAAAGAAAAAGAGUGAAAAAAAAAUAAAUAUUGGAGCUAUUGUUGCUAUUGGCUUAGGUGGUGCUGCCGUGCUCUUCCUCCUUGUGGUGUUGAUUGUUGUCUGCUGUAUGAAAAAAAAAGAUGGUGAAAGUAGUGCUGCUGCUGUGAAAGGAAAGGGUAAAAGGACUGAGCAACCGAAGGAGGAUUUCGGAAGUGGGGUACAAGAGCCUGAGAAAAAUAGGCUGGUUUUCUUUGAAGGCUGUUCUUACAAUUUUGAUCUUGAGGACUUGUUAAGGGCCUCUGCAGAAGUACUCGGAAAAGGGAGUUAUGGAACUACUUACAAGGCAAUCUUGGAAGAAGGAGUAACAGUGGUAGUAAAGAGGUUGAAGGAAGUGGUGGCUGGGAAAAAGGAAUUUGAUCAACAGAUGGAGAUUGUUGGGAGGAUGGGCCAGCAUCCAAACGUCGUGCCUCUCCGUGCCUAUUACUAUUCAAAAGACGAGAAGCUUUUGGUUUACGACUAUGCCAUUGCUGGAAGCUUUUCGGCACUACUUCGUGGAAGUCGAGAAGGUGGGCGAGCACCACCAGACUGGGAAACAAGAUUGAAGGUUUCACUGGGGUGUGCCAAAGGUCUUGCACAUAUUCAUUCAGCAAGUGGGGGAAAAUUCAUCCACGGGAACAUAAAGUCCUCUAACAUCCUUCUCACACAAGACCUGAAUGGUUGUAUUUCAGACUUUGGCUUGACUCCUUUGAUGAACUCCCCUGCCAUUCCCUCUAGAAGCGUAGGUUAUCGUGCUCCGGAGGUAAUCGAGACUCGAAAAUCAACUCAAAAGUCAGAUGUUUACAGUUUUGGAGUCAUUUUGCUAGAGAUGUUGACUGGAAAAGCGCCAUCCCAAUCGCCAGGCCGUGACGAUGUUAUGGACCUUCCGAGAUGGGUCCAGUCUGUAGUAAGAGAAGAAUGGACAUCUGAGGUGUUUGAUGUAGAGCUAAUGAAGUAUCAGAACAUUGAAGAAGAGCUUGUUCAAAUGCUCCAAAUAGCAAUGGCUUGCGUGUCUCGAGUACCGGAUAUGAGACCAACAAUGGACGACGUUGUUAGGAUGAUCGAGGAAAUUCGAUCAUUAGACUCAGGAACUCGACCAUCAUCAGAAGAUAACAAAGCUGGGGAAGGGGAAGGGGAAGGGGACGAUGACUUGAAUACUCAGACCAUGUAAAUGUUCUCAACUCAUUCAUUCUUCUCCAAGAAUCUGAAACCUUCAUCUAACAGUGGGUUGUUGUUUGUGUGGUGUAAUCUUUUUUUUUUUUCUUUCAAUAUUUGGAGGGUCUUAUUGUUUUGGGUUUUGAUUGGUUGUUUGUAUUUUCUCUUGUAAUAACCAUGUCAAAGUUGUAUCCAUUAUAAACUAUAAAGUAGCCAAGGUGCUGUUCUCUUAAGUUCAAUCAUAAGUAUUUUCAUUUUGAGCACA